UCGCUCUAUCACUACAUCGAACGCGUACGCGUAUUGAAAACUUUUAACACAACAUGGACCAAACAGUCAUGAUAGUCGAGGAAGACACACCCGAGAAGAGAAAGAGUCCUGACGCACAGGAUGAGGAAUCUCCAAACAAGAAGCACAAGGUCGAAGAGGUGCUGGAUUCACCAAAAUUGACCAAGAAGGAGUUGAACCGCAUAGAGAAGCAGAGACAACGAGAAUUGGAGAAGAUUGAGAAGGAGAAGCAAAAGGAAGCUGAUAGGCUAGAGAAAGAGAAACAGAAAGAAUUAGAGCGUCAAGAGAAAGAACGCAAGAAGGAAGAGGACCGUCUUGAGCGUGAGAAACGCAAGGAAGAGGAGAAGAAGGCCAAGGAAUUGGAAAGAGAAUUAAAGCGCAAGAAAUUGGUGGAAGAGAAGCUUGAAAGAGAAAAGAAGAAGGAGGAGGAGAAGGAGAAGAAGCAAGCAGAAAGAGAGAAAUUGAAGCUUGAGAAGAAACGUAAGUUGGAGGAAGAAAAGGAGCGCAAAGAAGCAUCCAAGAAAAAGGCCGAGGAAGAGAAGCAACGGAGCCAAAUGAAGAUCUCUAGCUUCUUCCAGGUAGGACCCAAAAAGGAAGCAACUAGUUCCCCUACCAAAACCAAGUCCGAUGACAACGUGUCCGAAUAUGAUAAGGAAUUCCUUCCGUUUUUCGUUCAAAAGAAUGUUCUUAUGCCACCGUCUGGCCAAUUGACGGCUGUCGAGCUCCAACAAUCAAAAGAAAAAUUCGAUCAACUAUUAAGUCAGAAUCAGGAGGCUCCUAUACUACCUAUCGAAAUUACUAAUCAAUCAUCCCAACUGAAACCUUACUCAUCAGUUACUCCAAUCGAAAUAGUCACUGCAUUAAAUUUAUCCAACACCACCGAAUCCCAAAUUUAUGAGAUGUUACAGCAAAUUCCACCAUUAAAGUACAUCAGCUUCUACGAAAAUUCCAAGCCUCCAUACAUAGGAACAUGGUGCUCUGAAAAGCAUCAAAAGAUCAAAAUACCAGUAUCGAACCCGAUAGACACUUCUUUAACUGGCCUCGACUAUGAGUACGAUUCAGAUCUCGAGUGGGAUAAGGAGGAUGACGAAGGCGAAGAUCUAGAGAACGAUGAAGAUGAAGAGGACGAUGAAAUGAUGAACGAAGACGACGAUAUCGAUGAUUUCGUCGAGAAUAACCAAGAAGGCACGGUUUCUCGAAAAUUCCACUCCUUGGUGAUAGUCAACAAGUGGAACGACGGUACCAACAAUGAGUUUUUUGACCAAUUCACCACAUCGUUGUGUGCAGAAGUUACUAUACCAUUGAACCCAUCCACCGAACCCGCAAAGGAGUUGGAAUUAAGGAGUGAAACCACCACAUUAGUCCCUCAAGCUUCUGCCAUUCCAACCAAUGUAUUGACACCACAAAAGAAAACCAUCAAAGAUGCCAAAGUAAUAGCGGGAUUAAUUGAAUUUGUGGAGAAGAACCAGGACUUUACCAUCGGGACGUUGGUUGAGCUUUCCAAGAAGGAGUUUAAAGACUUUACCAAGGCUCUCUUGAAGAAUACCAUUCAAGAUAUAGCUGUAUAUAACAAAAAGAACUCGAUAUGGGAUAUCAAGUCAGAGGUUAAGGAGAAGUAUCAGGCUCACAUAGACCAAAGCACAAAUGAGUCCAGCGGCCAAGAGGCCAACGACCCGAUCCAAGUUUAACAAAUCUUCCCUGGUGCUAGUCGAUCUCGGUCACCUUAACGAACGCUGCAAUGA